UUUGUAACCUGAUAAUGUAACAAAAUGUAAGAGCUUGCCUUUAUAAUCACAUUCGACUGGACAAGCCGGAUAAAAGUUAAAUAUGAAAACACUUUGCUUUUUGGCUCUCUUCGUUUUUGCUGUUAGAGGUGAUAAAACUGCCGAAGAAUAUAUAGACAUCGUCAUAAAGAAAGCCAUAGAGCAAGUCCCUCAUCCAUUACAUCUUCCAGAUUUCGAAGGAUGGGCAGAAUAUACGGAAGGUGUAGCAUGGGGUUUGGAUGAAUUAGAAAGAGUUGGACCCACAAAUGUAAUUAUCAACGAAAAUUCCCACACGUUCGAAGGUCGUUUAGGUGUAGACGAAGUGGCAGGAAGAUAUAAAUGGAGAAAACAUAUACUUCGUAAGAUCAGAUCGGGUUUCGCUUUCAUCAAAGCAGCAAACUUUACAAUCGACAUUCGAGUUCGACAGGAUCUCGAACCCGAAGCACACGCAGAAUUAGAAUACUUGAAAAUAGUCAAUAUGGAUGAUAUCGAUGUAGAAAUGACAGGCUUGAGCUAUUUAUCUUGGAUUAUAUCCGGAAUUGUAGAUCCUCUAGCCAAUAAAUUUGAAGAACAGUUGGCGGGUUUCGUGGAAAAGAAUUUAAGAGCGGCUUUAGAAAACGAAUUCAAACACGUUCGCCUUCCUAUAUUAGAAGAAUAGUAAUUCACACGAGGAACAUGCAAUUUUUAAAUAAAAUGAUUUAUGAUUAA